AUGUUGAAAAGGGGAAUAGAGUCUGACAGAAAUCAGGACUGCACAGUGUAUGUCGGUAACCUGGACGAACAAGUCAAUGAAGGAUUGCUUUACGAAUUGUUUCUACAGAUUGCACCAAUCAAAAACAUACAUCUACCAAAAGAUCGUAUUCUAAGGACACAUCAAGGUUAUGGAUUCGUGGAGUUCAAAAAUGUCAAAGAUGUUGAAUAUGCUGAAAAGGUUAUGAGUGGUACAAAGCUGUUUGGGAAGAAUAUCAAAGUGAAUAAAGUUGGUAAUAAUGCUGCAAAUAAUGAUAAUCUUGAUAUUGGUUCAACAUUAUUUAUUAAAAAUUUGGAUGAAUUAGUUGAUGAAAAUCUAUUGUUCACAAUUUUCAAACAGUUUGGUAAUUUUUUCAAAAAUCCAACAAUUGUUAGAGAUGAUCAAGGUAAUUCAAAGAAACAUGGAUUCAUCUAUUAUAAAAAUUUCAAGGAUUCUGAUAAUGCCCUAUCCAAGAUGAAUAAUCAAUUCAUAUUAAACAAAAGAGUGCAAAUAGACUAUGCGCACAAAAAGAAGAAUGGUAAGUUGGUUAAACACGGUGAUGAGACAGAAAGAUUACUAUUGACUGAAGCUGAAAAGAACAACUACAACAUAUGA